AUGGGACUGUGCUACAGCCUACGUCCUAGUCUUGACGAACCCAGUGACACCGAGAAACCCGCGGACUGCUCUGUACGGUUACGCUCCAAGGACCUUGACCACGAGGAUACAGAGGCAUAUAAUGACAUGACACCACUCCAUGGUUGUUGGUGUCGCCGCGGGGGCCCUGGCAAAGGCAAGCCCUCUGCACGAGAUGCCCGUCGAGAGGACACGACUGAAGGCGUGCCCAUACAGAAUGGGGAAGGCGUGGGAGCUGACCGCAGCCAGCGGCAACAUUUGCUGCAGAAGAAGCUCAGCAAACAGAAACAGAAAACCUUGGACAAAAAGUUAUCCGAGGAGAAGGAGGUCAAAAAACAGGCGAAGAAAGUCAGUAAACAUAUUGACCGAACUCUGAAGGAGCAGAAACGGGAAUACGAGCAGACGCAUCGUCUGCUUUUACUCGGUAGGUGUGAGAUAAAUGGCUGGGGCUAAUACAUUGACCAGCCCAGUGCUCUUGUGUAACACGCUUCCCCCCGAAAUAAUGUCAGUUUCCUGCUUUUGACAUUGCAUUUUACCACUCUCUCGGAUGUCUUGCCUAGGUCAGGUGCGGUAUGUAGACUAGGCUAUGUUAUCCUUCUACAAACCAAUGAGAUGUAUGUCAGGUCAUGAAUAGGCUGUAGGCUAACUGAUUGAAUCUAUUCACUAGCUUUAUCAAAAUAAAUACAUUAAAUUGAAUAGGCUAUAGACGCUAGGUGUAGGCUAUGGGAGUGAAUAGCCUAUCCCACUAUCCACAUGUCCGGUUGCUCAACCUUGUGGCAAAUCGUGCUAUUAAAAUAAACGGCCAGGGUAAUUAACCCUCUACUGCACACAUUUAGUUUUUUCUUGGAAUAAGAAAUAUUCCAUCCUAUUUAAAUUUUUUAGAUUUAGGCUUUCUGAUAAUGUAUCAAUAAUAAUAAAAAAAAAUUAAGUUGGGCAUAAACUAGUAUUUUCUAUACCUCUCAAAUCUGAUUCUGGGGCCCAUUCUUCCUUGCUGUCACUGUCCGCAAACUCACUGUCCUCACUAUCAGAUAAUAUGAGCCUCCUAACUGCUCGAUUAGGGUCCUAUCGACCAUAGAAUGUGUCCAUUGCCUGUAAAUGUCAGUGGAUAUGUUGGCAAAAACAUUGAUCAAGGCCAUAAUUCUACAUCAAAUUAUACUUUCAAAUUGUAUUUCAUUGAGCAUGAUAUUUCCCUGAAAUGUAGCCUAAAUGCACAACGUUACCUCAUGAGGCAACAAAAAGAAAAUAUAAACACUAACGUCAAAAGUUUCAGAACACCUACUCAUUCAAGGGUUUUUCUUUAUUUUUACUAUUUUCUACAUUUUAGAAUAAUAGUGAAGACAUGAAAACGAUGAAAUAACACAUAUGGAAUCAUGUAGUAACCAAAAAAGUGUUAAACAAAUCAAAAUAUAUUUGAGAUUUUUCAAAUAGCCACCCUUUGCCUUGAUGACAGCUUUGCACACUCUUGGCAUUCUCUAAACCAGACAGUUCCUUGGACUUCAUGGUAUAGUUUCUGUUCUGACAUGCACUGUCAACUGUGGAACCUUAUAUAGACAGUUGUGUUUCUUUCUAAAUCAUGUCCAUACAAUUGAAUUAGCCACAGGUGGACUCCAGUCAAAUGGUAUGGUCAUUUGUAGCUCAGUUGGUAGUGCAUGGCGCUUGUUAUGCCAGGGUAGUGGGUUUAAUUCCUGGGACCACCCAUACGUAAAAUGUAUGCACGCAUGACUGUAAGUCAUGGAUAAAAGCAUCUGCUGAAUGAUUUAUAUAUAUAUAUAUUAUAGUUCAUUUUGUUAUACAGUGUAAGCUAUAGUAUUUUAUUGCUGAGACUAUAAGCACACUAGAUAUGACACCAUUCCUCUGCUUUUUAUGCGGAAUGGAAGUCGAAGGAAGGAGACAUAACUUCAGCUAGGUUUAUAUGACUGGCACCUUGCAACCAUAGGUAUCAGGACGUGUGUUAGCAUAUGGAAUUUAACGUUGCGGGAGGUCUUGUGUGGCUCAGUUGGUAGAGCAUGGCACUUGCAACGCCAGGGUUGUGGGUUCGAUUCCAACGGGGGACCAGUACAAAUGAAAAUUGAUUCACUCACUACUGUAAGUCACUCUGGAUAAGAGCUUCUGCUAAAUGACUAAAAUGUGAAAUAAGAGCACCCAGUCAGGGAUGGUGAUACAGUUGAAGUCGGAAGUUUACAUACACCUUAGCCAAAUACAUUUAAACUCAGUUCUUCACAAUUCUUGACAUUUAAUCCUAGUAAAAAUUCCCUGUCUUAGGUCAGUUAGGAUCACCACUUUAUUUUAAGAAUGUGAAAUGUCAGAAUAAUAGUAGAGUGAUUUAUUUCAGCUUUUAUUUCUUUCAUCAGAUUCCCUGUGGGUCAGAAGUUUACAUACACUCAAUUAGUAUUUGGUAGCAUUGCCUUUAAAUUGUUUAAAUUGGGUCAAAUGUUUCGGGUAGCCUUCCACAAGCUUCCCACAAUAAGUUGGGUGAAUUUUGGCCCAUUCCUCCUGACAGAGCUGGUGUAACUGAGUCAGGUUUGUAGGCCUCCUUGCUUGCACACGCUUUUUCAGUUCUGCCCACACAUUUUCUAUAGGAUUGAGGUCAGGGCUUUGUGAUGGCCACUCCAAUACCUUGACUUUGUUGUCCUUAAGCCUUUUUUCUGGGGUCUUGGCUGAUUUCUUUUGAUUUUCCCAUGAUGUCAAGCAAAGUGGCACUGAGUUUGAAGGUAGGCCUUGAUAUACAUCCACAGGUACACCUCCAAUUGACUCAAAUGAUGUCAAUUAGCCUAUCAGAAGCUUCUAAAGCCAUGACAUCAUUUUCUGGAAUUUUAAAGGCACAGUCAACUUAAUGUAUGUAAACUUCUGACCCACUGGAAUUGUGAUACAGUUAAUUAUAAGUGAAAUAAUCUGUCUGUAAACAAUUGUUGGAAGAAUUACUUGUGUUAUGCACAAAGUAGAUGUCCUAACCGACUUGCCAAAACUAUAGUUUUUUAACAAGACAUUUGUGGAGUGGUUGAAAAACAAGUUUUAAUGACUCCAACCUAAGUGUAUGUAAACUUCCGACUUCAGCUGUAUGUCAGACUCAGAACAGCAUCAAAACUGAUUGUAAUCCUUAGUUUGUGUGUUAUUCACAGUCACACUGAGGUGUCCUAUUUAGAAUUUCAGUCAGUUUGCCUUUUGAAACUAAACUACCUUGGCAAUCAAAGUGUAGGCUUACCAAUGGCAAUUUAUUUGAAUGAUUACAUAAAAGACAAUCAGCAUCUUCAUCCAUAACCUUUGACCAACCUGCAGUAUUUCAGCAUUCCUGUUGGAGGCUUAUCAUCAUUGGGAGCACAGGCAGGCAUCAUUUGCCCAACACACAUCUACUACAUUACCCUUUCCACACUACUGAGCCAAGCUGAGCUGAGCCAAACAGAGUUGCACUGCACUGGCCUGGUUAGAAGGGCAAUGCGAACUGUGGUGAGAAGGGCAAUGCGAAAAUAAAAUAUCAGAGCCAGCAUAGUAUGGUUCGUGUCACAUAAUAGUUAGAAAAUGGUACAUGUGACCUGUUGGUACUCACACAUCUCUGGGUUGCCUAUGUGCAUCUAAGCCAAUUUCCACCCCCACGUGUUCUUUCAGGUGGGGGACCAAGGCCGCAAAAGCAGCCUCUAGGAAAACUGACUGAAUUUUUUACAACACUUCAUUUGAAUCCUUUAUUUGAACAGCUAACAAUUUUAGCCUAAGUGGGUAAGUGACAUUAACUGUUAUGUUACACAUUCUCUCGCUCUCUCGCUCUCUCGCUCUCUCGCUCUCUCUCUCUGUCUUUCUCACAGACACACACACACACAUAGCCUUGUCCCCAUUCCACCACUCUGCAAAACUCUAUGAUCAUGUAUUUAGGCACUACAGGUGUAGGAUCUUAAUUUGAUCACUCUUUUGUUGCUGAAAAUGCAGGAAAUGUAAACUCCAUUUGUAGCUUGUUUUUGGACACAGGUCCAGGAAUGGCUAAAGGAUUAAAAUAUUUACCUGGAGCUAACCUUGCAGAUAGCAUUACUGGGUGAUCUGAAAAGUCAUAGUCAAUCGAUCAAUAAUAUAAUAAUACUUUUAGUAAAAAUGUUUAUUUUUAAUUCACAAUCUGUAGAAGCAAUGAGAAUAGAAAGGUUCAGAACUUUUGUAAAACAUCACAGUAAGGUUGAAAUAUAUAUGGCAAAUAGAAAUCCUAUAUGGAUGGUGUUAAGAGAUAGAUGGGAGGUAUUGAAUAGAGUUGAAGGAUGGGACUAAUAACAAAUAACAACAAAUAAUAACAAAGAUAGCUAAUAAUGUAAGCAUACUGUGUCCAUAAUAAGUAUAUAGGUUGUAUGUUGGGAGCUUUUGGGAAAGAGCACAGUUAGAAAGAUAUGGCAUAUAGAAGCAAACCGGAUGGACAUCAUGAAAAUGAUCGGAGAGGUUGAGAGUAGAAGAAGUUCAGGAGCAAAAAUAAAUAAAUAUAUAUAAUAGAAUUAUUGUAAAAUUAACUGUGUCCAUAAGGUGUAGAUAGUAAGUAUAGACCGGAAGUAGAGGCCUGGGCAUUGUUGUUCACUAAUUUACUCCAAGUAGGGAAAGGAUGGCGGGGUUGAAAAGUAAUAAAGGGGAGUAUAUAUAUAUAAAAAACAUGGGGGAUUGGAAGUGAUGCAGACAAUUACAUUGAUAGAAGUUACAAUCGAUCUGCAAUAUUAAGCUGAUCCACCCCCCCCAAAAAAUAAAAAUAAAUUAAUUAAUAAAUUAAAUUAAAGAUCCAACAUAUGUACCCUUCACUGCACACAUUUGUCCUGGCGGGUAUGUAUCAAAGUUUUACAAAUAUUACUACUUUACCUUGGUACUGCUAGCAUACUUUACUUAUUUGGGUCUGUAACCAAAUAAGGGCCGAAAUGAUUAGGAUUAGCCUAUUCUCUCCUUGACCAACAACUCCAAACUCUCCUUCUGUAAUGCAGGUGUCAUUCUUAUGAUAUUCUGUUUAUUGAGAGUUGCCAUAUAUAGACUCAAGUGGGAAUAGUCCAAAGUCUGUGCUAUUUUUGCAGCCGGUCCAUCGCAUAAACCCUUCCCCACCUUGCUUUCUCAGUCUCAUGGCCUGAUAAUGGCAGCCACGUUUACAGCAAUUGGGAUCUUUCAUAUCUGGGACGACCAAUGGCCAAUGAUAAGAGAUAGAGGAGAAAGGCUUGGCCUCAGAGCACCAUAGUGCAUGUUCAUUGAUCAUUCAUACAAUACAUAUCCCUUAGUUAUGAAUAAGGAGUUUGAGUUCAAGUGUGUUGUGUGUGUGCAUGCAUGUACCUGUGAGUGUGGGGGAGGAAGUUUGUGAUGCAACAAAGGGAAGAGUAAAUACAUCUGUGUACAGUGUAACAUGUCUGUGCGCAUGUUUGGUUUGGUGUGCAUGCAUGUGUGUGUUUUCUGCACGCUAAGGGGCAGGUUGGCUCUGUUAUCAUUCCAUAUCGGAGCAGCAGAGAGAGGCACAGCGAGAGAGAGAGAAACUCUCCGGGAGGCUAUUUUUAGCCCGUAUUCAGAUGGAAUCUGGGUUACGGAAUUUCAAGAUAUGGAACAGAGAUGCUCUCAAGCAGGUUCAGGUUCCAUCCAAAUAUGCAAAUGUUCGGAGGUCAGUUGGGAAAAGAUCCUAUCCCCUCAAGUAGCUGUGAUUUACCUGAAUGGAUAUAGCAGCCAUCUUUUGAAAAAGUAACACCAAAGUCAUAUACAUUCAACCUUCUGAGUGAGUAAGUAAUACACAAUUGAGAGCUCUUAACAACACCACAUUGUCAGGGCUAGGCUAGCUAAUCAGUUCCGUGGUUCCCUGUGUCACUUAAUUGGAAUAUUCAUUAAGCAUAGUCCUGAGCUAAGAACUUGCCAUGUGAAAAGGCCAAAUUUCCCCAAAAGGUUUUAUCUAUCGUUCAUGCCAUCUCUGUUUGUUUGGUAAUAGAAAAAAUAGCACUGUCAUUUUAUUUACAUUUUGAUCGUCAUGUACUGCAACUGCACAUAGGUUGGUCAGGUUAUUGGGACAUAAGCCUCCUUCUCACUGCUGACCUCUUCUAACGUCCUUUGAUGUCAACGUCCUUAAUCAGUUUUCAACUUUAGUCACUAGACCAGUAGACCUGACCUGGGAGUUUACUCAAAAUCUGAGAUUAUGAUUCAUUGUAUAGAGUGCCAAAGUCGGUAGCCAAAAAUUUUAUAAGAUAAUUUAGGCUAAUUAUCAAGGCUGACAGACAUGCACACAGUGCAUUAAACCUUGGAUUAGUUCUCUUUGCAAGCUGCCAGCAGUACAGCAGACAGAUAUAUUUAUGACAUCCGUUACAUAAUUACUAUGUCAGUGAUAUGUAGCCCUUUCUAUAAAGGGUUCAAGUUAAGGUGACUUAAUUCUGGGGUGACGUUAUGUCGUUCCUGGAAAUGGUUUCACUUUCUCAGUCCUGUGUCCCACUCUGGUCAGACAGACAGUGGCGGUGAACCUACCAUCCAACCUACCAACCAGCAGCUAUGACCUCAUCAGACCUCUCUUACACCUCCCGUUCUCUGGGGAGAAAAUGUGCGUCCUGUUUUUUUACUCUCGCUUUCUAAAUCGGGCCCCACGUCCUACGGAAACUAGCCCAGGGCUGUCCAGCGGGGUUGAAAGUUUCCCCCGAACCAAAACAAAACAAAAGAUCACACACCAGGAAUGUGUGACAAAGGACAGUAAUAUCCCAAAUUCACUCAUUUGGCCACCAGCCUACUGACAGACUGCCCUGCUAUAAAAAAUGAAUCAUUGUCUUAGAUGCACUCUCAACUCAGUUGACCAAAAGCAGUUGCUUUUGCAAUUUGCAAGUUUAGCUGGUCAAUACUAACCUGCAGAUCUCCUAGGUCAUGAUCAGUAGGGCACACCAUAGCUAAGUGUUUUGAAAACCGAAAACAAAAAUGACCGUUUGUUAUUGGACAAAUCCAGGUAGGCCCUCCCCUUGUCAAGACGUUUUCUUCCAUUUGGUGCCUAAUGAACAUGACCCUGUACUGGGCCUCUGGGAAUGUCAUGUUAUGACUACGGAGAGCUUUUAGAAAGCUAGCUACCAUUCCAGGUAUCUUCUUAAUCUCUAACCAUCUCUGUGUACUCACUGGAAAGAGAAACAAGAAUACCAGUUUUCCAGCCUAAGGUAUGACCUGAGCUAUUUACUAACUCCUCAUACCCAAGCUAUUUUUAUCCAGGCAACAGGGUACAAGGAGGAGGGGUGAAAGUCAUACAGUCAUGGCUCUCUAGUAAAGGACACAUGUAUUCUUGACCAAUCCAUGGUUGUACAUGCAUAUUGUCAUCAAGCAUGCACACACACACUUUGAAGUGUGUAGUAUUCAUCCAAACCACAAGAGGGAGACAAAAGGCAAUGUAAGACGAUAGUCAAUGGGCUGCUCUACAAUGACACUAUAGAGAGAAUUAGAUAAAUUGAUGGUGAUAAUUUCUCCUGACUUUAAAAACAUUCUGAGUUUACAUUCUGUAACAGAACGUAAGCUCAUGAGAUCAGGAUGGUUUGUAGGAGGCUAGAGGUAGGUAGAGCCAACACUCUCAACCAAUACACAACAUUAACAGUUAGGAAGCUCAGCGGGCUAAAUUUGCAUCCAGAGGAGACACAUACUGGCCAACACACCCUAUAAGAUCACAUUUGCAUCUUGUUUUAAUAUUUUUUUGUACUGGAAAAUCUUUCCAUUGUUCUGGAGGCUGGUAAUGUUCUAAACAGUGACACAUCACGACAGAUAACCAUCUCAUAUGGUCCCACGGUUGCCAGUUUGCCUCACACUACUUUUGGUAUAAUCCAUGUUUUGAUAUGAGGUCUGAUAAAUUUUUUGACGUUUUGAAAUCAAUCAAUAGUUCAAUUGAUGUAAUUAAUUCUAGUCCUUUCUAGUCUGGUUUGCCACUGAAACGGUCAAACGCAUCUACCUCUAGAUCACAAAGUACUACUUUAGUCAGUGUAUCUGUUGUAUUUGAAUGAGUUUACUACAUCUUAUUGGGGGUUGAAAAGACUUCAGUAAUGAUUAAUUUUCCCAACAAUGCUUUACUUUGAGGAUGGCUUUUGUUGGUUGUCAGGGUAUUUGUCUGUUCAUCCACCUAACCUUAAAAUGACCCAGAAACCUCCUCCAUCCUAUCAUAUUGUGAGGUUGUCUUUGGCUCUCGCUCACUACAUGGAUAUCCUCUCCGCUGUUGAUGGGAGCACUGCCCAACUGUGCUGCUAGGACAUGGAUGCUGAUAUGCAAACGCAUGAAACCGUUUUUCAUAUAUUCCAUUGCAUUUGCAUUGUGCCUUUUUUCUCAAAGGUUGCGGUGCUGUUAUAUUCACACCUUUGGAUUCUCUACAAUUAUUAGUGUGGCAUUUUGUAUUGCUACAGAUGAAAGAGAACCUACAAGGCUAUAGAGAAGGCUAUAGUAGGCCUAUGUCAGGUUAAUAGGCAACUUCAGAGAAAUUUGAAUAGCAGCAAACUAUACUUUUUUCAUUCUCUUUUGCAUAGAGUUUGUAACUGUGUUAUUAUUUGAUUUGGUAUUAUGAUCCAUAUGGUUUGUGUGAUUAUACCGCUGGUGCGCGGCACUGCUUGCCUACGGUCGCGUGCUCUAGUUAACCUCCAUUUACCCGUGUUUGCAAGCGCCAGUAAAAUGAUUUACGCGCGGAAAAUGGAUAGGGAAAUGAUUUUGUCUGGGAAACGUCAUUCAAGUGUCUGUCUGGUUCAAACAUAAACCCGUUUUUGGAAACAAUUUUACUAUAUAUUAUUUACACUGAACAGCCUAUUGAAGCUAAACUUUUCGACGCACAUUUUAAUUAGAUAAACUUAGCCUGUCUUUUUGUUUGUUGUACAUGUGAAAUAAAGAAAUGUUGUUUUAAACAGGGUAUUCAAACAGUGGUAAGGUGGCGCGCGCUCUGUGAGGUGUUUCUCUUUCGGUGCAGUGUGACUUCCUGGUGCUACAGCGAGAGGCAGUGCUGAGUUAAAGGGACCAAAACACAAACAGAAUUUUAGACCGGAAAAAUAGAGAGUGGUAAGCAGGAGCGAGAGAGAGGAGCAGUUGGCUGGCUUCCAGAUUCAGCCCAGCUCCACUCUUUGCAUAUUUAUGAAGUUAAUGUAUCUUUUUGUUAUAUUUAUGAUGCACAUAUUUAUUAGAAUCGACUGAAUCCACUGGGUUGGGUUUGACAAGGGGUUCAAAACGAAAUUGUAACGGGGAAGGUUUUUUUCUGAGCGACGGAGAAGUGGCGCACGGAUUUUUCGCCCUAUUUCUUCUCCUUUUAUAUUGAAAGUAGGAUUUGCAUUAGCUGUUAUUUUAUACUUUCUGUUUACGAGAAGAGCUCAGCGGAAGAUGGGGUGUUUGGGCAACAGCAAGACUGAAGAUCAACGCAUCGAUGAAAAGGCACAAAGAGAAGCGAAUAAAAAAAUCGAGAAACAAUUACAAAAGGAAAGACAAGCAUAUAAAGCCACACAUCGACUGCUUUUAUUGGGUAAGGUCCAGAAGGUGGAUUUCAUAACGGAUAUGUAUCAUGUAUGUUUUCAGAUUCGCCCCCAGCCCACAUAUGUUGACAGGUCUCGCAAGCGAGCGCUGACUGAAUCGUCAGAUGGAUUGUACAAUUAUCAUGGAUUUUAAACAUCAGCAUAUGCGGCACCCAAGUACCUUCUUAUAUUAUAGCGAUGGCUCCAUUUCCUCAUGCUUCAUCUGUGUUUUAUUUCGAAGGGGCCGGAGAGUCUGGGAAAAGCACGAUUGUCAAGCAGAUGCGGAUUCUGCACGUCAAUGGCUUUAACGCAGAGUAAGUACCCGUUAUUUCAUUUAUUUUAACGUAUUUACGUGCAAAAUUGGACGUAUUCCUGUUCUAUUUUGAUAGUGUUGAGUAUAGAAAUAUGUUUUAUUGUUGUCAUUUUGAUUUGUUCGAUGUAAGAUAAGAAAAGGACAAAGCGUUGGGUAGACGUUUCUUUGCGCUGUAGCACUGCAGUGUCCAUCGGGCCCAAUGGUUUAACAACAGCAUGGCAACAAGCCUGCUAUGUCCAACUGAUUUCUAAUAGCUGUCACAGCGAUAAAGACGACGUAUUAGCAGAUUUAGGCCUACUUGUGGUCGAGAUUCUGUGUGUCAAAAUACUGACAGAUACAUGUUACGCUGUAUUUACAGUUGCUAUUGCAUUAUAAUGUACAACCCAACAAAAAAAAUCUCAACUGAAUUCAUGGGCUGAAAAAACGGUUCUACAACAGUAAAGUGUGCAGUGGUAUUUUAGAACGGUGCUAAAACAAUGUAUCUUUCUAUGUAUGUCUCAAUGUAUCCCUCUGGGCACAGACGUCAAUUCAACGUCUAUUCCACGUUGGCUCAACGUAAUUUCAUUGAAAUGACAUGGAGACAAUGUUGAUUCAACCAGUGUGUGCCAAGUGGGAUCUUUCUAUGGCUUAUGAUAACCUGCUAUAUUCCAUAUAGACUUGGUUACAUUGUAGUUUGAUUUGGUUACAUUGUGCACUGUAGUAUAGGCUUCUGUAUAGACUGUAGUGGAUUGAAUACGUUUUUUAGGAAAUGAAUGAUGAUACCCAAUCGUAAACUGUCCUCAAUAUUUAUAUCUUUAAUAAUACAUUUGAUAUUAUUUGAGCAAAUGGACCAAGAUAAAUAUAGGCUAUGCUUAAUUUCCGUCCACCUUUGGUAUUAAAUGAGACACAUCUCUCUGAAAUUGGUGUAGCAUAGGCUAGCCUAAUGUAAUAGCAUAAAAAGUAAACUUUCAAAUACAAUUUUAGCAGAAUACAUCUUUACUGACAUAGUGAUUAUUACUAAAUAGCCUAUUAGGCCUAUGGGUUUGCAUUAGUGGUGAUAUGAGACAACCUCUCCUUUCUGCAGGGCAGUAUAAAGAUUCCUUUAAUGAAUCCAAUUAUCAUUUUUCAGGUAUUAAUUAAUGGUUAAUUGUAUAUGUUGUUUCUCCACUCAGAGAAAAGAAACAGAAAGUCCUGGAUAUUCGGAAAAAUGUGAAGGAUGCCAUUGUGGUAAGUUGAUGAUGUGCUGAGAUUUGUAUGAUAGAAUAUGGUCGCACCCUAUGAGAUUGUUUCCUGCAAUCCCAUUUUACUGAUUAGACUGGCUUAUCCCACAUUUAUCCAGCUUAAUGUCUAAUGUUUUUUGUUUUUAUCCGCUUUUUAGACGGUAGUUUCGGCGAUGAGCACGUUAAUACCCCCAGUUCCAAUAGGCAACCCAGCGAACGAGUCCAGAAUUGACUACAUCAAAAGUAUAGCACCUCUCUCGGACUUCGACUACACAGAGGUAAGGGUGACUGACCGUCCGUCAAACACUGUCAUUAAUGCUUUAUAGUCUUUGACGCUGAUCUGUGUAUGUAUGUGUGUCUGUCUCUCUGUCUGUCUCUGUCUCUCUACAGCUUGUUAGUUAUGCCCUGAGAAACAACCUCAAUGCAUUGAUCAGGUCUGCUAUUCAUAGACUUUCCAACUGAUUGAAUUUACUCAUUCAGUGGACACUCUAUUACACAUGUU